GGGGGACAUGCCCGGAGCCCUGCAGCGUUGGCGGCCCAGAGCCGGAGGCUCGGUCGGGGGCAGCCGUUCUCCAGGUCUAGGCAACCCGGACUUGCCGAGAGGGAGCUCAGGAGGUGUUGGGGACCUUGAGUGGUGCUGGAGUCUCAUCUCAUGGGCCGUCUGGCUGCCUCCCAACCGUGAGAGAGAAUCUCCUGAGGCUGCAAAGCUGCAGAGAGGGGCACUGCGGAUGGCCAAAGCGAUGGCUGGCUGUGGGGAUCCCUGCUCCAGCAGCUCUGGACUCCUCAUUGCCCUUCGCCUGGCAUAGCUCGGGCUGUUGGGAGCGAUUCGGUUUUGGAUCCACCGGCCUAUGAGUCACAGACAGACCCUGACUCACUGGUCGUGCCCUGUUCCUAGUGGCCAAAUGCUCAGACCAGCGAUUGCCGCCGUGAGCAGCUCUUUGCUGUCAGGCCCCUGCAGACAAGGGACUGGCUGGGCCGUGGAGACUGACAGACUGAGCCUCUGGGACAGGCGUGAGGCAGGCUGGACGGAUGGGGCUGUGUGAAGGAAGCCGGCCCAGCUCUGUGCAUGCACCUCAGUACCUGUCCGUCGCUGGGAGGGGGCUCUGCUGCUUCCUAUGCCAGGGCUGAGAGGAUGGCUGCCUCCGUGAUGGGCCAGGCCAUGGUCACCCACGUGCUGGUGGCCCUUUUCGGGAUGGGCUCCUGGGUCUCCGUGAACUCCUUGUGGGUGGAGCUCCCCGUGGUGGUGAAGUGGCUUCCAGAAGGCUGGAAUCUCCCUGCCUACCUCUCAGUCCUCAUCGCCCUGGGGAACGUGGGCCCCAUCGCCGUCACCCUGGCUCACAGGCUGGCCCCUGGGCGGCUGAAGGAGCGCUGGGUCAUCCACGCCAUCCAGGUGCUAGGCGUGGUGGCAGCCCUCUUCCUGGCUCUCUUCUGGCACCGGACGGCGACAGUGGCAGGGGAGUCCCACAGCCUGGCCUUCCUGCUCCUGGCCUUCCUCCUGGCCUUCGUCUGCUGCACCUCCAACGUCACCUUCCUGCCCUUCAUGUACCAGUUCCCCCAGCAGUUCAUCCGCACCUUCUUCGUGGGCCAGGGCCUGAGCGCCCUCUUCCCCUGCGUGGUGGCACUGGCCCAAGGGGUGGGCAAGCUGGAGUGCCGCAACACCACCUCCGGCAACGGCUCCCAGCCCCACUACCUGGAGGAGAACUUUCCCGCGGCCACCUACUUCUGGCUGAUGUCCGCCUUGCUCGCUGUCUCGGCGCUCUCCUUCCUGGGGCUCAUCCUGCAGCGCCACCGCGCCAGCCGCUCCGCCACCCGCCAGGAGAGCUCUUCCAAGGGCAGCGUGGAGACGGAGGAGUCCUUCCCACUGCGGGACGGCACCCCCACGUCGGACAGCGCCAUGGAGAUCACCCAGGGCGCCCGCCCCCCGGCCCAGGCCACCUUCUGGACAGGCCGGAACAUCUACCUGCUGGUGCUGCUGGGCGUCUCCAACGCACUGACCAACGGCGUGCUGCCCGCGGUGCAGAGCUACUCCUGCCUGCCCUACGGGAGCAUGGCCUACCACCUCUCUGUGGUGCUCAGCAACAUCGCCAACCCCGUGGCCUGCUUCGUCGCCAUGUUUGUGCUGUGCAGGUCAGCGGUGGGCUUGGGCGUCAUCUCUGUGCUGGGAGGCGUCUUUGCGGCCUAUCUGAUGGUGCUGGCGGUGCUCAGCCCCUGCCCUCCCCUGCUGGGCAGUGCCGCAGGAGUCGCCCUGGUGGUGCUGGCCUGGAUCCUGUUCAUCGGGCUCUUCUCCUACCUCAAGGUGGUGAUCGGCAGCCUGCUGCACGAGGCUGGCCACGCAGCACUGGUGUGGUGUGGAGCGGUCAUCCAGGCGGGCUCCCUGGUGGGCGCCCUGGCCAUGUUCCCCAUCGUCAGCAUCUAUCACCUCUUCCAGAGCGGGCAGGACUGUACCGACAACUGUGGGGCAUGAGUGGGGGGCAGGCCACAGCAGCCCCAUGGGGAGCUCUGCCCGGCUGGAGCUGCCACCAGCUGACCUCCGCCUUAGGGACGUAAGAAUUGCUGUAGAGGGUCAGAGCGCUGGGCAUCUCGUCCCGCGGCUCCUGGCCAGUAGCUGAUGCUUCAGAGGAGAAGCCCGUGGUGCCCCUGGCCAGCUGGGAGCCUCUGCUCUCCCCUGCUGCUCGGAGCAGGGCCCUGGGCCGGUCACACUACAGUACAGACCAGGCGCUAGGCGGCCUGCCCAGCCCUGCUGCAUGGGGAGAGGGGGAGCAGGCCUGCCUUGUGGCCUGGUUCCCAGGGGCUGGCAGCUGCUGCACUCGCUGCUUCUCCGGCAGGUUUUAGGAUGCACUGAACUGGGGCUGGGGUGGGGGCACUUUGCUGGCACUGCUGCCAGAGCUGGGGGCCCCUAUGGCGCAGGACCAGGCUCCACGGGGUCCUCCCCCCCCGCAGGGCUCCCACUGCAAUGGCCGCUGACUGGAUGGAGCCGCUGUGCGCCCUUCUCCAGCACCGUUCCACUCGCUGCGCGGCCUCCCCCAGCCGUCCCAGCGCCCGCCCAGUGCUCUCAGUACACGUUAACCCUGAGCUGCCCCGUCCUGGGCAUCCCUGCCCCCGCCCCGCCCCCAGCGCUCCGGUCACGGACCAAGCUCGCCAAGCACAGCACACCUGGCACCUGGGCAGGCACUGAGCCUGGGGAUCUGUCAGGUUAACCUGCCUGCCUGCCUGGGGCUGCGCUGUGCUGUGCUAGCCCCUGGGGCACCCUGCUCACUGAAGAGCCAAUACUUAGCAGGGGGAUCCCGGGGAGCCCAAGGAGGGGUUGGUCUCUGAUCCCAGCCAGUGCAGCCUGCUCCCCCCAGAGCUGGGGUCUGUGCCCCGCCUUCAGGAGGGUGUUCCCUGGCCGCCACCUGCGGGGGGAGGGCGGGUCCCUGAUGCCAGCCGGCCCCAUGUUUCACUCCCAGCAGCUUCUCAGCCCGGGGAGUUUAUCUUGGCAGGACAAGGGGCAAACAGCUGCCUGACCCUCUGCGGGUCUGCAUGGCUCCUGCCCCCCCAAAACAGGGGGGCGGGGGGGGCCCAGGAUGGGGCAAUCGGGGGAUGAGGGUUCCUCACUGCGUGGGGGUGGGGGGGCACUCUGCUCCCUGAGCAGCCUGGGACCAAAGCCAGCAGGGAGCCCCCAGCCUUGGGGGGUGUCCUAAGCCAGGCCCAUAGUCGCAGGUCUGGUGCAGGGUGGCACGUAUAGCCUGGCUAUUGGCCAUGUCACCUCCGCGGGCCCUGUUGCCUGCCCAGUGGCUCAUGCUGCUGCGUCUCACUGGCUCCCGCCGGGCUCCACGUGGCUUGGCGGGCGGGCGGCGAUCUGUGAUUUUGUGUAGACGCUGUCUCCCCUCCCCCAUGGGCCAAGGAGGGGUGCAGCAGGAAUAAAUCUCCUUAUCCCAGUCA